AUGGGCGGCGGGGCGCGGGAGCUGUGCGGGUACCUGGCGGCGCUGGCCGGGUGGGUGUCGGCGCUGGCGGCCGCGGUGCUGCCGCAGUGGCGGCAGAGCUCGUACGCCGGGGACGCCAUCAUCACGGCCGUGGGGCUCCACGAGGGGCUGUGGAUGAGCUGCGCCGCCCAGAGCACCGGGCAGGUCCAGUGCCGCCUGCACGACUCGCUGCUCUCCCUCGACGUUCACAUCCAGACCUCCCGGGCUCUCAUGGUCAUUUCUCUCCUCCUGGGCUUCUUCGGCAUCAUCGUGAGCGUGGUGGGCAUGAAAUGCACUAAAGUUGGGGAGGAGGAUCCUGUCACCAAAAGCCGCAUAGCUGUCGCUGGAGGUGUCCUCUUCAUCCUCUCUGGUCUGUGCUCGCUGGCUGCCGUGUCCUUGUACGCAACACAGGUGACCUACGAGUUCUUCAGAGAGAGCGCCGUGCCCAUCAACGCCAGGUACGAGUUUGGCUCUGCUCUCUUCGUCGGCUGGGGGGCCGCCGGCCUCUCCAUGCUGGGGGGGUCCCUCCUGUGCUGCUCCUGCCCUGCCAAGGAGCGCCGAGCACAGCAGUACCACCGGCAGUCGCAGCCCUCCACGUCCCGGGAGUACGUCUGAGCCCUCACCCUGCCCUCCCACCGCCUGGUGCCUCCCUCCCCUCCCAAAAAACGGGCAAGACCCCGGUGCUCCCACCCCACCCGGUCCCCUGAAUGCUCCACGAGACCUUUCUCCUCCUCAUCUUCCAGGUUUCAGCACCAUUUGCGGUGCCAGCCUCUAAAAUAGGGGUUUUGAGGGUCACAGCUCCCACAUCCAUCAGUGCCACGGUCCCCUCGGGUGGGCAGGGUGGCACCCCCAGUCCCCUGGGGUUGCUGGGCCGUGUCCAUCCCUCACGGGGAUGCUGCAGGGGCAAUGGGGGGAGGUUGAUGCCAGUGCCACAGGGGCACAAAGCCGAUCCCAUGGGGAUGUGCUGCACGGAAGCACUUUGUGCCAUGACCACCCCUCUCCCACAGCCUGUUUUCGGGAGCGAGUGGGGAGCGAAGCCAGUGCUUGGUUUUCCUGAGAUGAGGUUUUCACACCUACCAGCCCCAGCCCGACUCAGGGCUCGAGCAUUCCCAUGCCCUGCUCCUGGCAGAGGGAUGCUUCCAGUGCACAGCAUUCCUCCGCCUCAUUGCUACCUAAACCCAAGGGUUUUAAAAAUUAUUAUUAAUUAUUACUAAUUCCUGCCUGGAGGUCAGUUGCUCCAGCUGAGCUCUGCCAGACAAGAAAAACUGCCCUGGGCUCGUUCCUUCCUAGGACCAGGCUGUGCCUUGUUCAACAGAAGAAUAAAUGGGUUUGGGCAAAUUAAAGCAGCAAAAAUAAGGGGGCUCUGAGCACAGAGGAGGGUUUGUUUUUAUUUCUGGUGCCCAACUCAACUAUUUCAAGUGGCAGAUGGACAGAGCCCCAAAUUUUGGUGCCUCCCUGCUGGGUCCAAAUCCCCCUUCCUGAACAGGACCCCCUGGAGCAGGCGGUGAAGGCUCCAAACCCCACCUGCUAAUUGCCUCUGCCUCCUCAGACCUCCACACCACUGCUGCUAAUUGCUCUGCAACUGCCAAAGCUCCAAUUUGUCUGUAAAUCCCCCCAAACCCCCCAUACCCCAUCCCUCCAGCCCUACUGCAUUUGUGGCACCAGCCAACCCACAGGGAAAGACACUGGAAAUAAUCCAAACACCUUGGUUAUCUAUUUUUUAUUAUUUUAUUUUUUAACCCCAAUUAGACGAAAU